UGUUUAGUUGCUAAAAAAAAGGAAAUAAACUUUUUCCAUUCUAAUCGCACGUAAGGCAGAGUUUCUUCAGGAAACUCGCCAAACAAUUGCUGCCAAAAUUUUCACAGACGGGAACAAGUUGGGUCCUGCUGCUGCGGGAAGAGGCAUGUUUUGUUAUCAAUGUCCACCCGCUUUACAUCCCUGUGGUCCGCAUCCACCACGUUUGCCUACGCUGGAAUAUCCUUUUGCAGCCACACAUCCAUACACCAGUUAUUCAUACCAUCCUGCCAUACACGAUGAAACAUUUGUGCGACGCAAGCAAAGACGUAAUCGCACCACAUUUACGUUGCAGCAGUUGGAGGAACUAGAGACUGCAUUUGCCCAAACUCAUUAUCCGGAUGUUUUCACACGUGAGGAUUUAGCAAUGAAAAUAAAUCUAACGGAAGCCAGAGUACAGGUUUGGUUUCAAAAUCGUCGUGCCAAAUGGCGUAAAGCAGAACGCCUUAAGGAUGAACAACGCAAGCGUGAAAAUGGCGAUUGCAGUAGCGUGUCAUUGGACAAGCUGCAUGAUAGCCGCGAAUCAUCCCCCGAUAUAACUGGAGAAAUGGAUGAUGAUGAGCCACAUCAUCAUCAGCGUUCUCAUAGUCCUGGACCGGGUUCAUCACACUUGAGUCCUCAUGGCGGCACAGGAGUAGAUUCGGACAAUGAAAGACCCUUGUCAUCGAAUCAAAUGAAUAGCGGUCAUUCUGGCUCACAAUCGGUGGGCUCAAUAAGUGCCGGCUCACCCUCACCGGGAGCCAGAACACCACGCAAUCCUACCAACAGCCCUUCCAACUCACGCAACACCGAUUCACCCAUUGAAGUGGGUGGACCCAUAUCAUUGUCAACGCGUUCAAGUAGUGCCUCGACAACGCCCACUACCAGCCUAAAUACGGUUACCGCCCAACAGUUUGGCACUCAUAUAUUUGGAACAUUUGGCAGUUCGAACGCAGCGGGCCAUAAUCAUAAUAAUAACAACAACAGCCAUAAUAAUAAUAAUGAAACUAAUUGCGGUUUCCGACCUGUUCUAAAUGACACACCAACAUCCAUAGCCAGUGGAAGUUCCACGGGACGUCCAAAUCACACAGCUUCAUUAUUUUUGCCACCACAUUUGGCUUCUUUAAGUUCACAGUUUUCACAGCAGCCACUGUUUCCUGGUUUGAAAGGUGUACCCUCAUUUCCUGGACUCUGUUCAUGCUGUACUUUAAAGCCACCACAUUCCAACGCCAACUCGGUGGCAGUUUCUUGCUCAUCGGCCACCAGUUCGCCUGAGUCACCUCCCCAUUCCACACACUCCAAUUGUGAUCCACGUUCUUCUUCGGUUGCAGAGCUUAGACGCAAAGCCCAAGAACAUUCGGCUGCCUUAUUACAAUCGCUACAUGCUGCCGCUGCAGCUGGUCUAGCCUUUCCCGGCCUACACUUGCCACCGCUAUCGUUUCAUCAUCACACUUCCUUGACCAAUGCCCAUCAUCAUGCGGCCGCAGCAGCUGCUAGUGUACGUUUGAAAAAUGAAGCUCAGGAUAUGACCGCCAGUACCAUGAAUGGUUUAGUUGCCAAUAUGAUGCCUUCAGUAACCAGUUUAAUGGAACAAGCCUCGCCCAACUCAAAUCAAACACCACCCUCAUACCAACAGCAGCAACAACAACUGCUUCAGCAGCAGCAACAACAACUACAACAUCAAGUACAUUCCGUAGGCCAACUUUCGCCACCCACCACACCAACCCAAACAUCAAAUUCAUCGAAAGACACACCAUUAAAUUGUACAAACGGUACGAUUAUAACCAAAACUGAAUGA